AAACCAAUAUAUAGCAGUCUGUUAAAUCGGCGAACAGCCGAAGCGCGAACGCCGAUUCAUUCUUUUAAAACCUGAGGCGGUUCAUUUGAUAGUCGGUAGUGUUCUUCAUCUCUGGAUUCUCUUUCAUCACUCCGUUUCGUAAAAUCCAAGCGCAUCUGAUCAUACAGCCAGCCUCUGCAUCUCAUUUUUCAAGCUAUGGGACAUGGUGAUAAAGGAAGAUCAAGCAAACGACCUAAAUUCGGCAAGGAGGAUUAUAAGAAAGCUCAUUUUGAAGAAGAAGAUGCCUAUCAUUUUGAAGAGUUUGACGACGAUGAUCGCAAUGGCGAUAAAGAAGGGGGCAAGAGGGAUUUCAGCAAACUAGAGUUAAAACCUGACCAUACUAACCGGCCCUUAUGGGCCUGUUCUGAUGGCCGCAUAUUCCUUGAAACUUUUUCGCCCUUGUACAAACAAGCAUACGAUUUCCUUAUUGCUAUCGCGGAACCAGUUUGCAGGCCAGAAUCAAUGCACGAGUACAACCUCACUCCGCAUUCUUUGUAUGCUGCGGUUUCUGUCGGUCUGGAGACAGAUACAAUUAUCGCAGUUCUUAGUAAGUUAUCAAAGGCUAAACUCCCCAAAGAGAUGAUUGAUUUCAUUUAUGCUUCUACUUCCAACUAUGGCAAGGUGAAGCUUGUCCUUAAAAAGAACCGAUAUCUCGUGGAAUCUCCAUUUCCAGAGGUGUUGCAGAAACUGCUCAGGGAUGAGGUUAUAGGCAGAGCCAGAAUCAUUCACGAGGAUUCUCAUGGAAAUGGCGAGUUUACAAUUAGCAAGACAGCAGGUGAACUUGGCAAUCGCCAUGAAGGAUUGCUCAACGAGGCAGAAGCUGCAGCUGCAGCUGAGGAAAGAGAAACUCAUUCAUUUGAAAUUGACCCAGCACAAGUUGAAAAUGUUAAACAACGCUGCUUGCCCAAUGCCUUAAAUUAUCCCAUGUUGGAAGAGUACGACUUCAGAAAUGACACUAUCAAUCCAGACUUGGAUAUGGAACUGAAGCCACAGGCUCAACCAAGGCCCUAUCAGGAAAAGAGUCUUAGUAAAAUGUUUGGAAAUGGUAGAGCAAGAUCUGGCAUUAUUGUACUUCCUUGUGGAGCCGGAAAGUCUCUAGUUGGUGUUUCUGCAGCCAGUCGUAUCCGGAAAAGUUGUCUGUGUUUAGCUACAAAUGCUGUAUCAGUGGAUCAGUGGGCUUUUCAGUUUAAGUUGUGGUCUACCAUUCGGGAUGAUCAAAUUUGUCGUUUCACAUCAGAUAGUAAAGAAAGAUUUCGAGGUAAUGCUGGGGUGGUUGUUACAACCUAUAACAUGGUUGCUUUUGGUGGUAAAAGAUCUGAAGAAUCUGAAAAGAUUAUUGAAGAGAUAAGAAAUAGAGAAUGGGGGCUACUUCUCAUGGACGAGGUGCAUGUGGUUCCUGCUCACAUGUUUCGUAAGGUCAUCAGCCUGACUAAGUCUCACUGCAAGCUUGGGCUCACUGCCACACUUGUCAGAGAAGAUGAAAGAAUUACAGAUUUAAAUUUCCUUAUUGGUCCCAAGUUGUAUGAAGCCAACUGGUUGGAUCUUGUGAAAGGAGGAUUUAUUGCAAAUGUGCAGUGUGCUGAAGUUUGGUGCCCUAUGACAAAGGAAUUUUUUGCUGAAUAUCUGAAGAAAGAAAACUCAAAGAAAAAGCAGGCUCUUUAUGUAAUGAACCCCAACAAGUUCAGGGCGUGUGAGUUUCUCAUACGGUUUCAUGAACAGCAGCGUGGUGAUAAGAUAAUAGUCUUUGCUGACAAUCUUUUUGCACUUACGGAGUAUGCAAUGAAGCUUCGUAAACCUAUGAUCUAUGGUGCAACAAGUCAUCUUGAGAGGACAAAAAUUCUUGAAGCAUUCAAAACUAGUCGUGACGUGAAUACUGUUUUUCUCUCAAAGGUCGGUGAUAACUCUAUAGAUAUUCCCGAGGCAAAUGUGAUUAUUCAGAUUUCAUCACAUGCGGGUUCAAGACGUCAAGAAGCCCAACGUCUGGGACGUAUUCUUAGGGCGAAGGGUAAACUUCAGGACAGGAUGGCUGGGGGUAAAGAGGAGUAUAAUGCCUUUUUCUAUUCACUUGUUUCUACUGAUACACAGGAAAUGUACUAUUCAACUAAACGACAACAGUUUUUGAUCGAUCAAGGUUAUAGCUUUAAGGUAAUUACAAGCUUGCCACCAGCGGAUGCAGGAGCUGAUUUGAGCUAUCAUCGUCUUGAUGAUCAGUUGGCACUUCUCGGGAAGGUAUUGAAUGCAGGCGACGAUAUGGUAGGAUUGGAGCAGUUAGAAGAUGAUACAGACCAAAUUGCACUUGAUAAGGCUCGCCGAAUGACCGGGUCCAUGAGCGCAAUGUCGGGAGCAAACGGAAUGGUUUACAUGGAGUACAGCACUGGACGAAAACUCGCGGGUCAAGGGCAGAUGAAGAGCAAGCCAAAAGACCCGGCGAAGAGACAUCAUUUGUUCAAAAAGCGGUUUGCCUGAGUCUCCUCGCAAAAAACAUCAGCAAACGAAGAGAGGAAUCAAAAAGGAGGGAAAAGAAGAGAACCUCCACAGGUCAACUAAACAGCAAAAGAGAUUCUUUGUUAUCACCAGAGGUUCAACGAAAAGAAAGAACGAAAGCAAAAGGGGGAGAUAUCUUUUACUAGAGGUGAUGAAUUCUGUUGAAAAAUAGUCAAAUUUUAGUCUUCCACUAUUAACCUGGGAGGAAAAGUUGAGGACAAAAGUGAAAUAAAAAGACAACUCGAAGGAACUUAUGUAAAGGGAAACAUCUUUCAACUUCCUUGUAAUUGGUGUGAUUAGCUAUUUUAAUCCGUUUUGUAGACGAUUUCACGACUGUUAAAUUUUGAUCCUUCUAAAAGCGAGAUAACUCGCUCAAUUGAGCGUAGCUUAACUGGUUGAAGUGCAUUGUAAAAGGUUUGAAAUUUUAUUCUCUACACGUUGAACUAAAAUUGAAAAGAGAUGUAAUGCAAGUCUGGAGAUCCUCAUCAUCGAACACUUUUGUUCGUUGUUCGAACAAAUUUGAGGAUCGGAAUAAAAUUUGAACCCUUUAUUCUUA